GUAAAUUGGAUGAGAUAGAUAGAUUUUUAAUUGAGAAUUUUAAUUUGAUAAUACUAGUCCUUGCUAAUAUAUGUUGUUUCGCUUGAAUACAAGUAGAAUCUUUGGAAAAUUAUAUGUCUGCUAGCUCAUUAUGAUGAGCAUGUCAAGUAAAGCCAUAUUCAUUACUCCGUACCAAUUAAAGAUCACGAGAGAAUACCCUACAUACAUGAUAUACUCUAAAUAUUAUGCUUUGUUCCUUGUUUUAUGGCUGCCUUUAUUUUUCAUAUUGAUAUUAGCUAUUUUUGCAAUUGGUUGUUGGAGUAAACAAUCAUAUUUUCACUUUUUUUUUUUUUUUUUUUUUAAAUUUUUUUUGCUUGUAUUAAGUGAUGCUUCUGAGUAUUGGUUGUGUUUUAUGGUACGGUGAAUUUUGUUUCCGUAGUAAUUUAAAGUUAUUUUUGAUACUUAGUAUGGUUCUUAAACUAGUCAUUUUAUUUGAUUAUUGCAGUUAGUAUGACUGUAUGAGUGGGAAUGUUAUCUUAAAGUUCCAAUACAGGGGUAAAGACAUUGAUGUAAUUGUGGAUGAUGUUGACAAGGUUAUGCUACUUGACCUUAUUGUUGAGUACUGGAAUGGUGCUAUGGCUGCACAAAUACCUAAGCCUAAUUGUCCCACCUUUAGCUACGCCUUUCAGAUGAAAAACUGGGCAGUGAACAAUGACAAGGAUCUAAUGGAAAUGUUUAAUAAGUUACAUGGGACAAAUUGCAUCUAUAUAUGGGUUGGAGGGGUAGUUGAGCCUAGUGACCUUGUAGUGGCAGCUAGGAAGUUGGGGUUGUCUCAAUCAAGAGUGGGAGAAUCCUCUAAUGCAUUGCAGAAAUCGACACCUAGGAGGAGUAUAAGGCUAAACCCACCCAUCAGCCCACCUCUUAGCCCACCUGACAUCCUUCAUUACAGUCCGAUGAAGUCAAACAUGUGGGAUAACAUUGAAAUAUCUCCCAUUUCACACAGUUAACCACCUAUUAGGGGAAGGGGAAGAGGAAUGGGAAGGGAUGGAGGGACAUGUAGGGGUAGAGGCAGGGGAGGACAAAUUCAACCAACUGAAACAGUUGUAACUCCUACCCUUGACAUGUUCUCAAGCCAACCAACUAUAAGAAGAUCCCCUAGGCAUCAACCAAACCCAAAUGUCAUAGCUACAUCAUCUCAUCCAAUCCUCCCAACACCUGAAUUGUUGAGAAAAGAGGUUCCUGCUUCACUAAAUUUUCCUAAACCUUCAAAGAAUCUUCACAAAAUGAUGCCAAUUACCAUUCAAAAAAGAAGGGGGGUGUUUAUUAGCAAAAAACAAGUCACCCCUGCUGAUAACAUUGAAAAGGAAUUGGCUCCCAGGAGAAGAAAUCUCUCAAUCAGUUUGAGUACUGAUGUCGAGUUAGAGAACAUGGAUGAUGAAGCAGAGGGUGAUGAUUAUCUCCAAGAUUAUGACAGUGACAAUGGAGAUGAUACAGAUGAAAGUGUAGAUGAAGAGAAUAGCUCUGAAGAUGAGUACAUGCCCAUGAUUCAUGAUAACUAUGAUCCUUAUGAUGAGCCAAUGUGGGAGAACACUAUUGAUGGAGAGGAUACUGAGAACUACAUGAAUAAGUUGUAUGCAAAUGGUGAAGUGUACAACACUAUGGAGUUUGGAAAAAUUAUUUUGAAACCAUGGCAAUUGUUUAUGGAUAAGGCUCAAUUAAGAGACGCGGUGGGAGAUUAUUGCAUCCAAUGUGGAUUUUCAAUCAUUGUGGACAAAACCAAUAACUCUAGAUACACCGUCCAAUGUGGUGCAGAGAACUGUUCAUGGAGGUUACAUGCAUCCAGGCUGCCAGAUGGAGUCACAUGGGCUAUUAAAACUAUAAAAAAUGCAGAACAUACAUGUUUUGGCUUAGUGACUAGGGAACACUAUGGUGAGUGCAAAGUGGGCAGCAAGGGUGUUGUUAGAGGACAUUAGAGCAAACAACGACAUCCCAGCCAAGUCAUUAAAUAACCUAUUAUGGCAAAGAUACAGUGUUCAUAUGACUAAAAGUACUCUUUACAGAAUGAGGAGUCAAGCUUUGAUUGAAAUACAUGGAGGAUUUGAUGUGUCAUACUGUCAUCUCCCUAAGUAUUGUGAAGUGAUCAUGAUCACCAACCCUGGUUCAUCUGCCUUCUGUGCAUGGAAUCCACUUACUCAUCCUGAGAAGCCCUUAGAAUUUACCAGCAUAUUUAUAGCAUUUAAGGGAGCAAUUGAUGGAUUGUUUCUUGGCUGUAGAGGCUAGGUGGGAGUAGAUGGGUGCCACCUGAAGGGAAAUUAUGGUGGAAUAAUGCUGUCAGCAGUUGUCUUAGAUGGCAAUAAUGAGCUUUUUCCAUUUGCAUGGGCAAUUGUUGCAAGCUGGAAGUUCUUUGCUUGGCAUCUCAAGAAUGCACUAAAAGAUAGUGGAAGAGGAGAUGACUGAUGUAUAAUCUCUGAUAGGCAAAAGGGCAUUGAUGCAGCAUUAACUGAACUUUGGCCUCAAGCUGGAAGAAGAUAUUGUUUAGCACUUGUGUGCAAAUUGGCAGAGUUUUCAAAGGGCCACUUAUGCAUAGUCUAUUUUGGAAAGCAUGUGGUGCAACCUCUUUGUUUACCUUUAUAAAAAGUCAAGGAAGGAUUGCAGAAGACUAAUCCAGCGGCUUUAAUAUGGCUUUCAAAGUUAGGAGAUCAAGAGAGGUGGACCAAGCACAAGUUUGAUCCUAAAGUGAAGUGUGAUACUAACAAAACAAACUUUGUGGAAAGUUUUAAUGCUACACUAGGCAUUGAUAGGUGUAGACCAGUGCUUACUUUACUUGAAGGUAUAAAAAGAGUAACUAUGGUGAGACUUGCAACAAGAAGGCAAAAUUGUGAAGAAUGGGAUAGAGAAGAUGUAUGUCCAAAUAUCAUCAAGAGAGUGCAAACUCUAUGCCAGGAAUCCAGAACAUGCAAGGCAUUACUCUCACAAGAUGGAGAAUUUGAGAUACUUGAUGGCAAAUCAGCAUUGAAAGUGAGUUUGAAUACCAUACAUGCUUAUGUGGUCUGUGGUAAAUUAGUGGGAUACCUUGCAAACAUGGGAUGAGGGCUAUUUUGUAUGCUGGGAUGGACCCACUCAAAUUUGUACAUGAGUGGUAUUCUGUCAAGUUGUACAAGUUAGCAUAUGCUCAUGGCAUAAAAUCUAUUCCCGACACUGAACAAUGGCCUGAGAUAGAUUUGCCAUCAUUGAGCCACCAAAAAUGAAAAGAGGAGUAGGGAGACCUUGCAGGAAUAGGAGAAGAAAUGAAUAAGAAGAUUGAAAAGGACAAAGAAGCAAGACAGUCACAUGCAGCGUUUGUAAGAAGCCUGGACAUAAUGCCCUGACUUGUAAGGGGGGAUAUACAAAAAAACAAAGGUAACUGAUGUGAAGAAUUCUAAGAAGCAAAGCAAAAACAAAGCAGCUACUUCAGAAGUUUUGGGAAAAGAACUAGAUCCUCAACCAAUAUUUCAUCAACCCAACCUGUUACUAAUAGAAAAAAAACACAUGCUGCUAUGUCUUUAUCUCAGCCUUGGUGACAAAAGUUGUAUGAUAGUGCCUUCUUUUUUUUUUUUUUUUUUUUUCAAUAAGUAUGUGGUAGAAUAAACUUCAGGUGAAUAGUAGUGUCUUUUUGUGAUACAGGAGAAGCACUUUAAACUAGUUAACCAACUUUGGUGGUUGCUCACGUUUAGCCAUUUAAUGACAUUAUUAAACAUGGUUUUGGGUUAAUUCAAUUGUUGUUGCUUA